AUCCAUGAUGAAGAAAACAGAAGCAGACAGCUAAUGCGGAAGUCUGAGCGAGAGAGGUCUGAAGCCAGUCUUGUAGAAGGCUGGAGUGGAUGUUGGACGACUAGAACCCUGGGCUUUGCAGGGUGCUGGGAGCUGGAAGUCUUCACCAUGGCCUGCCAGGAGAAGCCCCUGGGGGCUGGUCUACCAUGCUGACCAGUGGUUGGAUAGAGUGCCUGCUGAGGUCAAGAGAUGCAGCCGCCAAUUCCUGGACAACCUAAAAGCCUCACAAGCUUCAAGUCUCCAAGGACUCUCCAAAUCCCAGGAUCUCCCUGCCAUCACAUCCUAGAAUUUAAAACCUGAGAACAUCAAGUUCAGGACAGCUUGGGGAUUUCAAAGCCCAGCACCAAAGAAAGCGGGACCCACACUCGCCAGCUCUGUGAUCUUGGGCAAGUUGCUUGACUACUUAUACCUCCGUUUCCCUCAUCUGUAUAACAGGAAUACAAUAAUGAUGAGAUGGAGCUCAAGGGGCCAUGGUGAGGAUUGAACAUGAUCACUUGUGAGACAUGUUCAGCACUGUAUCUGACCCAUGGAAAAUUCAAGAUAAACAUCAGCUACUGAGAUGAUGGCGGAUAUUUGGAAUCCUAAAUCCUUGGAAACUGGGGCUUUUCGAAGUAAAAGACCCCAAAGGCUGAGGGCCUCAGAAGCAUCAGGCCAUGAUGUUCCUGAAACAAGAGGGUCAGGGUCCCAGUGGGCCUCUGGGGUUCAUCGUGAGGAUGGAUGCAUUAAUAUUGGGGACCUGCUAAGGACCUUCCCAGUGGGACAGUGGCUGGGUCAGGGCACUCAAGCCCUAAAACGUGAUGAGGCGAGACUUUUCUCUCUUUCCUCAUUCAGUAACUGUCAGUAGAUUCUGGGAGCCAGGGAUUCUCCGACUCUUCGAGUCCAUGAAUUUUAGGGGAUGACAGUGGGCUCUCCGCUUUCUCCUCCGUGAAGUAACUUACAUGCCCCUCACCCUCUGUGGGAGGGGUGUUGCAGGGGGUGCAGAACUCCCCUCGCCGGGUAGUUCAAGCAAUGGGGACCAUAUCAAUUCCAUCUAUAGGGAAACUGAGGCCUGGAGUAGGGCGAGGCCUCUGGGAACCCAGCCCUAUUCUGUCUCUUUCCCUGGCAUUUCCCAUCCACACAUAGAGCUUCAGAUUCUCUUUCUUUCCCCAGAGACCCUCAAAUAUCCUCUCACUCACAGAAUGGUGUCUCUGCCUGCCUCGGGUUGGCCCUGUGAUUUAUUUUAGUUCUUUUCCCUUGUUUUUUUUUUUUUCAAACUCUAUACACUUUUGUUUUAAAAACUGUGGUUUCUCAUGAGCCCUAUUAUCUCAUUGAUACCUCUCACCUCUGUGGUGAGGGGAAGAAAUCAUAUUUUCAGAUGACUCGUAAAGGGCAAAGAAAAAAACCCAAAAUUUCAAAAUUUCCGUUUAAGUCUCAUAAUCAAGAAAAGGAGAAACACAGAGAGAGAGAGAAAAAAAACUAUGAGAACCCCCCCCACCCCGUGAUUAUCAGCGCACACACUCAUCGAAAAAAAAUUUGGAUUAUUAGAAGAGAGAGGUCUGCGGCUUCCACACCGUACAGCGUGGUUUUUCUUCUCGGUAUAAAAGCAAAGUUGUUUUUGAUACGUGACAGUUUCCCACAAGCCAGGCUGAUCCUUUUCUGUCAGUCCACUUCACCAAGCCUGCCCUUGGACAAGGACCCGAUGCCCAACCCCAGGCCUGGCAAGCCCUCGGCCCCUUCCUUGGCCCUUGGCCCAUCCCCAGGAGCCUCGCCCAGCUGGAGGGCUGCACCCAAAGCCUCAGACCUGCUGGGGGCCCGGGGCCCAGGGGGAACCUUCCAGGGCCGAGAUCUUCGAGGCGGGGCCCAUGCCUCCUCUUCCUCCUUGAACCCCAUGCCACCAUCGCAGCUGCAGCUGCCCACACUGCCCCUAGUCAUGGUGGCACCCUCCGGGGCACGGCUGGGCCCCUUGCCCCACUUACAGGCACUCCUCCAGGACAGGCCACAUUUCAUGCACCAGCUCUCAACGGUGGAUGCCCACACCCGGACCCCUGUGCUGCAGGUGCACCCCCUGGAGAGCCCAGCCAUGAUCAGCCUCCCACCACCCACCACCGCCACUGGGGUCUUCUCCCUCAAGGCCCGGCCUGGCCUCCCACCUGGGAUCAACGUGGCCAGCCUGGAAUGGGUGUCCAGGGAGCCGGCACUGCUCUGCACCUUCCCAAAUCCCGGUGCACCCAGGAAGGACAGCACCCUUUCGGCUGUGCCCCAGAGCUCCUACCCACUGCUGGCAAAUGGUGUCUGCAAGUGGCCUGGAUGUGAGAAGGUCUUCGAAGAGCCAGAGGACUUCCUCAAGCACUGCCAGGCGGACCAUCUUCUGGAUGAGAAGGGCAGGGCACAAUGUCUCCUCCAGAGAGAGAUGGUACAGUCUCUGGAGCAGCAGCUGGUGCUGGAGAAGGAGAAGCUGAGUGCCAUGCAGGCCCACCUGGCUGGGAAAAUGGCACUGACCAAGGCUUCAUCUGUGGCAUCAUCCGACAAGGGCUCCUGCUGCAUCGUAGCUGCUGGCAGCCAAGGCCCUGUCGUCCCAGCCUGGUCUGGCCCCCGGGAGGCCCCUGACAGCCUGUUUGCUGUCCGGAGGCACCUGUGGGGUAGCCAUGGAAACAGCACAUUCCCAGAGUUCCUCCACAACAUGGACUACUUCAAGUUCCACAACAUGCGACCCCCUUUCACCUACGCCACACUCAUCCGCUGGGCCAUCCUGGAGGCUCCAGAGAAGCAGCGGACACUCAAUGAGAUCUACCACUGGUUCACACGCAUGUUUGCCUUCUUCAGAAACCAUCCUGCCACCUGGAAGAACGCCAUCCGCCACAACCUGAGUCUGCACAAGUGCUUUGUGCGGGUGGAAAGCGAGAAGGGGGCUGUGUGGACCGUGGAUGAGCUGGAGUUCCGCAAGAAACGGAGCCAGAGGCCCAGCAGGUGUUCCAACCCUACACCUGGCCCCUGACCUCAAGAUCAAGGAAAGGAGGAUGGACGAACAGGGGCCAAACUGGUGGGAGGCAGAGGUGGUGGGGGCAGGGAUGACAGGCCCUGGAUGUGCCCACAGGGACCAAGAAGUGAGGUUUCCACUGUCUUGCCUGCCAGGGCCCCUGUUCCCCCGCUGGCAGCCACCCCCUCCCCCAUCAUAUCCUUUGCCCCAAGGCUGCUCAGAGGGGCCCCGGUCCUGGCCCCAGCCCCCACCUCCGCCCCAGACACACCCCCCAGUCGAGCCCUGCAGCCAAACAGAGCCUUCACAACCAGCCACACACAGCCUGCCUCAGCUGCUCGCACAGAUUGCUUCAGGGCUGGAAAAGUCACACAGACACACAAAAUGUCACAAUCCUGUCCCUCACUCAACACAAACCCCAAAACACAGAGAGCCUGCCUCCGUACACUCAAACAACCUCAAAGCUGCAUCAUCACACAAUCACACACAAGCACAGCCCUGACAACCCACACACCCCAAGGCACGCACCCACAGCCAGCCUCAGGGCCCACAGGGGCACUGUCACACAGGGGUGUGCCCAGAGGCCUACACAGAAGCAGCGUCAGUACCCUCAGGAUCUGAGGUCCCAACACGUGCUCGCUCACACACACGGCCUGUUAGAAUUCACCUGUGUAUCUCACGCAUAUGCACACGCACAGCCCCCCAGUGGGUCUCUUGAGUCCCGUGCAGACACACACAGCCACACACACUGACUUGCCAAAAAUACCCCGUGUCUCCCCUGCCACUCACCUCACUCCCAUUCCCUGAGCCCUGAUCCAUGCCUCAGCUUAGACUGCAGAGGAACUACUCAUUUAUUUGGGAUCCAAGGCCCCCAACCCACAGUACCGUCCCCAAUAAACUGCAGCCGAGCUCCCCA